AUGUCGGUGCCAUCGAACAGGGAACACCAUUAUCGUAACCUUCGGGAAAGGUACACGAAUUGCAGUUACGUGGACGGAAAUCUCGAAUUGACGUGGAUCGAAGAUGAAAAUUUGGAUUUGAGCUUUUUGCAAAACAUUCGUGAAGUCACGGGAUACGUUCUCGUGUCUCACGUCUACGUCAAAAGAGUCGUGCUCCCCAAACUCCAGAUAAUACGAGGGAGAACACUUUUCAAACUCAGCAUCCACCAGCAGGAAUUUGCUUUGAUGAUUUCACUAUGCAAAAUGCACACGAUCGAAAUGCCGGCUUUGCGGGAUAUUUUGGCGGGAGGAGUGGGUCUUUUCAAUAACUACAAUCUUUGUCACAUACGAACCAUUAAUUGGAAGGAAAUAAUCACCGGACCCGGAUAUCACGACGUAUUCGUAUAUAAUUUCACGUCGCCGGAGAGAAAGUGCAAAUCUUGCGAUCCGAGUUGUCCGAAAGGAUGCUGGGGAGAAGGACCGGAAAAUUGUCAAAAAUUUUCAAAGCUCAAUUGCAGUCCGCAGUGUUCGGAGGGAAGGUGUUUCGGACCCAAUCCGAGAGAGUGUUGUCAUUUGUUUUGCGCCGGAGGUUGCACGGGUCCGAAACAAACUGAUUGUCUCGCUUGCAGAAAUUUUUACGACGACGGUGAAUGCACGCAAGAGUGUCCCUCGAUGCAAACGUAUAAUCCGUCGACGUAUUCUUGGGAAAACAAUCCGAGAGGUAAAUACGCGUACGGUGCGACGUGCGUGAAAAACUGUCCGGAACACUUGCUCAAAGAUAACGGUGCUUGCGUGAGGAGUUGUCCCCCGAACAAGACUCCCUACAACGGAGAAUGCGUCAAUUGCGAGGGAGCGUGUCCGAAAACGUGUAAAGGAGUCGAAUCCGAUGGGAGCGUGCACGCCGGAAACAUAGAUAAUUUCAAGGGAUGCACGAUAAUCGACGGUUCGAUAUCGAUACUGGAUCACAGUUUCAAAGGUUUCCAACAGAUAUACACGAAUUACUCGUUCGGACCUAGGUACCCGGAAAUGCAUCCCGACCGACUCGAAGUUUUCAGCACUCUUAAAGAAGUCACGGGAUUCAUCAACAUACAGGGAUCGCACGAGGAUUUCAGGAAUCUUUCCUACUUCCGAAACCUGGAAAUAAUCGGCGGUCGUACCUUGACGGAAUAUUUCGCAUUGUACAUAGUUAAAACAUCUCUGACGUCACUCGGACUCCAGUCCUUGAAGAAAAUAUCAUCUGGAAGCAUUGGAAUAUUGGAGAAUAAAGAAUUGUGUUUUGCUGAUGGCGUCAAUUGGACGAACAUAAAAAAAUCAAUCGGUCAUAAAGUCCUCAUUUUACAAAACAGAAACGAAUCCGAUUGUGUGAAAAAAGGUUUGGUUUGCGAUCCUCAAUGUUCAUCGGAAGGUUGUUGGGGUCCCGGUCCAAAACAAUGCAUUUCUUGUAUUAAUUUCAAAAACGGAAACGAAUGCGUGCAAGAUUGUAACUCAAUCAAAGGAAUGUACACGGCUGGACCUAAUUUAUGCAAACCGUGUCACGAAGAAUGUGCAUCAACUUGCUUCGGACCCGGAAACGGAAACUGUACGAAAUGCAAACACGUACGAGACGGACCGUUUUGUUAUUCGUCUUGUCCGGAAACGAAAUACAACGAUAACGGAGAAUGUAAAUCCUGUCAUCCGAAUUGCGUGAAUGGAUGCACGGGUCCGGAGAACACGAUCGGUCCCAACGGUUGUGCAUCAUGCGAGAAAGCCAUAAUAAACGCCGAUUUGACAGUCGAAAGCUGUUUGCCGAAAGACGAACCUUGUCCCAUCGGGUAUUAUUACGAAUGGGUCGGACCUCAGUUUCAAGGACCGUUCAAAGAGCUCGCGGGUAAGGGAAUAUGCAGAAAAUGUCAUCCGACGUGUAAAAAAUGCACGGGCUACGGAAUACACGAACAAGUUUGCCAAGAGUGCACGAAUUACAAAAGGGGUCAACAUUGCGAAGACGAGUGUCCUCAGGAUCACUACGUGAACGAAACGACUCAAGAAUGUUCGCCGUGCAGUCCGGAAUGCAGGGAUUGUUACGGCCCCAAAUCCACCCACUGUUUCAAAUGCAGAAACUUUAGAAUUUAUCUUGAUGAAAAUGGACCGAGGGACAACGACACGGCAUUUAAUUGCACCGAAGUUUGCCCGCCGGAGGCUCCGUAUAAAAUAUAUCCGGAAGACAAUCACGAACCCUACUGUUCGUCUCAUACGAUUGGUGCCAUAUCGAAAUUCGUCGAAAGUGCUCAGUGGCCCGUCAUAACGGUCAUAAUCAUUUUCUUGGUCGUCAUGCUAGUCUUUUGUCCUUUGUUUUAUCAAUGGCGCAGAAAGGUCAAAGCGAAAGAAGAAGAAGUUAAAAUGACGAGAGUUUUAACCGGUAUGGAAGAUAGCGAACCUCUGAGACCUUCGAACGUCAAACCGAAUUUGGCCAAACUUCGCAUUGUCAAAGAAGCGGAAAUGAGACGGGGAGGGAUUUUGGGUUACGGAGCUUUCGGAACCGUGUACAAGGGCGUUUGGGUACCGGAAGGAGAAAACGUCAAAAUUCCAGUGGCGAUAAAAGUUUUGAGAGAGGGAACAAGUGCAAACACGAGCAAAGAAUUUUUAGAAGAGGCUUACAUAAUGGCAAGCGUCGAACAUCCGAACCUUUUGCAAUUGUUGGCCGUUUGCAUGACGUCACAAAUGAUGCUAGUGACUCAACUCAUGCCUUUGGGAUGCUUGUUGGACUACGUGAGAAACAAUCGGGACAGAAUCGGUUCGAAACCACUUUUGAAUUGGUGCACUCAAAUAGCGAGAGGAAUGGCGUAUCUCGAAGAGAAAAGAUUGGUUCAUAGGGAUUUAGCCGCGAGAAACGUGCUCGUACAAACUCCGAGCUGCGUUAAAAUAACGGAUUUCGGUUUGGCAAAAUUACUCGACAUCAACGAAGAAGUGUACAAAGCCGGAGGUGGUAAAAUGCCCAUCAAGUGGCUCGCUCUUGAAUGCAUCCAACAUAGAAUUUUCACUCAUAAAAGUGACGUUUGGGCGUUCGGCGUUACCGUUUGGGAAUUGCUUACCUACGGUGGUCGUCCGUACGAAAACGUACCGGCUCGAGAUGUACCUGAAUUGUUAGAAAAAGGCGAGCGUUUGCCUCAGCCUCAAAUAUGCACGAUAGAAGUGUACAUGGUCAUGGUUAAAUGUUGGAUGCUUGACGCGGACACUCGUCCGUCUUUUAAAGAAUUAGCCGACGAUUUUGCCAAAAUGGCGAGAGAUCCAGGGCGGUAUUUAGUCAUUCCAGGAGACAAAUUAUUAAGACUGCCCACGUAUACAAUUCAACAGGAAAAAGACUUGAUAAGGAAUUUAUCUGCGGCGGACGGUCCCGAAACGGUCGUCGAAGCGGACGAAUACCUUCAACCUCAAUUUCAAAGGCCGUCCGCGGCCAUACUCAGAGGUCAUCAAUCUUCGAGCACUUCAUCGUACUGCAGCGAUCCCAUAAGAAUCGGCAAAGAUGUCGAUGUCGGUGACGAAUGUUUCGACGCAAAACCCGCAACCGUGGGCGAUUUGAAAUUGAACCUUCCGUUAGACGAAGAUGAUUAUUUGAUGCCAUCUCCGCAACAAACGGAAUCCACGACGACGUACAUGGACAUAAUAGGAGAUAAAUCAACGGGUCAUCAUCAUGCUCACCCGCACUCUCAUCCGCCCGUGACCGUCGUCAAGGGUAACACAUGCAUAGACAAUCCGGAAUACAUAAUGAACAGCGAUCAAAUGGUGGAGGGUGAUUUAGGGAUACCCGUCGUCGUGCCUCCGAGUCCCGGAAACUUAGUCGGAGUUCCCAUGAACGUUCCGACGAAUCCGACGACGACCGGAAACAACGAGGAAGAAUCCGAUCACGAAUAUUACAACGACAUUGAUAGGUUUCAAAGGGAAUUGCAGCCGCUCAGGGGAAACGAAACAACCGUUUGA